AUGUCAUCACAUAAUCUAACUGUUUGUGAUAUCGGUGAUGACGUGAAGGAGGUUUUAAAGAAGUUCCGAUUUCAAAAACACACCACGAAUUCAGCACUUAUAUUGAAGGUCAACCGAGAGAAGCAAGCCUUGGAAGUAGACGAAGAGUUGGAGAGCGUAGAACUGGAAGAGCUUCAAGAUAUUCUACCUUCACACCAACCACGCUUUAUAGUGUACAGCUAUAAACUGGAGCACAGCGAUGGGAGGACGUCGUUUCCUAUGUGCUUCAUAUUUUACACACCACGGGAUGCCCACAUGGAGUUGCAGGUGAUGUACGCGGGCACGCAGCGCGCGCUGGCCGCGGCGGUGGGCGCGCCGCGCCUGCUCGAGGUGCGCGAGCUCGACGAGCUCACCGCGCACUGGCUCCAGGACAAGCUGGCCAGAUAG